CCGACUCCUCUCCUCUCUCCUCCCGUGCUCCGCACCCUAUCCUCCUUCCCACGGCCCCAUCUCAUUCUCCUCGCUCCCGCCUCCGACGACCGUAACCGCCAAGCUCGGGCGCUCUGCACUGCGCGCCGCGCCAUGGCGGCCGCCGCCGCGGCGCUCGCGAGCUCGCCCCUCGUUCACCUCACUUCCCCCCGCAUCCGCUUCCCCAGGCCCAGGGCCUCCGCGGCCUCAGCAUGCUGCUCGCGGUGGGGAUGCCCGAGAGGCGCCUACUUGGACUGGAGGCCCCUGAGGCGGUGCGAACGGAUGCGGCGCUUCUCCAUCGACGAGGGCGGCGGUGGCAGCGGGGGAGAGGACGAGGAGAAGCGGAGCGAGGAUGAGGCGGCGGUGGAAGCGAAGGUGGGGACUGCGGAGGAGCUGGGCUCGGAACGGAGCCGGUCGGGUAGUUUCUCUUCCUCAUCAUCAUCGUCUUCAGUGACUCCUGGUGUAUCAAGCGAGCCUACGCUUUUGAGCUUCAGUGUGGAUAGUAUCGAUACAGUUAAGCUAUUGGAACUCUUAGGCCCAGAAAAGGUUGAUCCAGCAGAUGUCAAGGCUAUUAAGGAAAAGUUCUUUGGCUACACAACAUUCUGGUUGACAAGAGAAGAACCUUUUGGCGAUCUUGGGGAAGGAGUGCUUUUUGUUGGAAAUCUUCGAGGGGAUAGAGAGGAAAUCUUUGGAAAACUUCAACGGCAGCUACGUGAACUUACGGGUGACAAAUACAAUCUUUUCAUGGUGGAGGAGCCCAAUUCAGAAGAGGGCGACCCACGUGGGGGACCACGUGUUAGUUUUGGUUUGCUUAGAAGAGAAGUUUCGGAGCCUGGACCUACUACCCUGUGGCAAUACGUUAUUUCCCUGUUACUUUUCCUUCUCUCUGUGUUCUCCUGUAUUGAAUUAGGGAUUGCAUCAAAGAUUAGCAGUCUUCCACCAGAAAUUGUUUCAUAUUUCACGGAUCCAAAUGCUACCGGACCCCCGCCUGACAUGCAACUUUUACUUCCAUUCGUGGAAUCUGCUUUGCCAGUGGCUUAUGGCGUAUUGGCUAUCCAACUAUUUCAUGAAGUUGGACACUUUUUGGCAGCAUAUCCAAAGAAGGUGAAAUUGAGCAUUCCUUUCUUCAUUCCGAACUUCACUCUUGGAACUUUUGGUUCAAUUACUCAGUUCAAAUCCAUCCUGCCAAAUCGGAAGGCAAUGUUUGACAUAUCAACGGCUGGUCCUCUGGCUGGAGCUGCACUUUCUUUUUCAAUGUUCUCCGUAGGCCUGUGGCUCUCCUUAAACCCUGCUGGGGCAAGUGAUUUGGUUCAAGUACCCAGCAAUAUAUUUCAGGGUUCAUUGUUGCUUGGACUUGUUAGUAGAGCAACACUUGGCUACAGUGCUAUGCAUGCUGCUACGGUCUCUAUCCACCCUCUUGUGAUCGCCGGCUGGUGCGGUUUAACAACUACUGCCUUCAAUAUGCUUCCAGUUGGAUGUCUUGAUGGUGGGAGAGCAUUGCAGGGCGCUUUUGGCAAGGACGCUUUGUUUGGAUUUGGCUUGACAACAUAUUCAUUGCUUGGACUUGGAGUGCUUGGGGGACCGUUAUCUCUCCCUUGGGGCCUAUACGUGCUACUAUGUCAGAGAACACCUGAAAAACCAUGUUUGGACGAUGUGAGUGACGUUGGCACCUGGAGGAGGGCCGCGUUGAUAGCUUCGGUGUUUCUCGUUGUAUCGAUUCUUAUCCCUCUGUGGGAUGAACUUGCGGAGGACCUAGGAGUAGGACUUGUUACCUCGUUCUGAGAUACGUAAUGCUUGCCGGCAGAGCUAGGCCAUGAUGCAAGUCAUUUUUGUACUUUUGUAUCCAAAUUUUUGCCACAAUAGCGAAAUUGUUGUGAAGGCCUGCGUUGUUCUUUCUCCUGGAGCUGGAGGUGGAUAUGAAUUGCCCGGUUUGUCCGGUUGUACACUAAUAUGUACUGCGACGAGGUAGUACGAGUUUGUUGACGUGCAGACAAGCUGUAUGCUAAACUGUAGCGACAAAUCUUGCGUUCUAUGCUGUACGUUUAAAGCAUAACCUUGUUCU